AUGGGGACAGCCUUGCUCCCACUGAUCCUGCUGCUACUCAACCAGAUGCUCUUCAGCACGAAGACCUGGGCUGGGGCCAGCAAUGAGGAGGAGGAGGAGGCAGCUGCUGUGUGUGCUGGGACUGCCUGCUACACGGCCCACUGGGACAAACUCAGUGCCGCUGAGGCCCAGCUCAGCUGCAGUACCAAUGGGGGGAACCUGGCCACAGUAAAGAAUGAAGAAGAGGCCCAGCAUAUCCAAGAAGCCCUGGCCCAGCUGCCUGACAGGGAGGCCCCAGGCCGGAUGGUCAAAUUCUGGAUUGGGCUUCAGAGGGAAAAGGGCAAGUGUAUGAACCCGGAUGAACCACUGAAGGGCUUCAGCUGGGUGGGAGGUGGUGAGAAUACUUCUUACUCCAAUUGGCAGAAGGAGCCCAUGGGCACAUGCAUCUCCAAGCGCUGCGCUUCCCUCUCCGUGGAUCUUUCUGCAUCCUCUCUUGCUGCUGCCCACUCGGUCCCCAAGUGGACAGAAAGCCCAUGUGGCACAACAGAUUCACCAGGCAGGAACAUUGAGGGCUACGUGUGCAAGUUCAGUUUCAAAGGUAUGUGCCACCCUGUGGCUCUUGGGGGGCCAGGCGAGGUGACCUACACAACACCCUUUGGGGCUACUAGCACCUCCCUGGCUGCUGUGCCUUUUGCCUCGGCAGCCAAUGUGAACUGUGGGUAUGGAGAUGAAAAAAGAAGUCACUACCUUGUGUGUAAGGAACGAAACCCCAACCAAUUUGACUGGGGCACCCCUGGCCCUUUUUGUGCAUCCUCAAAUCAUGGCUGUGCCUUCAAUAAUGGUGGCUGCCAGCAGGAGUGCUUAGAGGGAGGGGAUGGUUCCUUCCUCUGUGGCUGCCGUCCUGGAUACCGUCUCCUUGAUGACUUGGUGUCCUGCGUCCCCCGAGACCCUUGCCAUCCUAACCCAUGCAGGGGAAAGGCAAAGUGCAGCCCUGGGGGUCACGGAAAACACUACGAGUGCCUGUGUCCUGCAGGCUUCAAGCCCACUCCAAAUCGACUGGAUUGCGACGAUGUGGAUGAGUGUGAUAGGUUACCGUGUGCCCAGGACUGUGUCAACACUCCUGGGAGCUUCCACUGCACCUGCCGCCCAGGUUAUGAGCCCCAAGGCCAUAAUGGAAUGGAAUGCUGGGACGUGGAUGAAUGCGCGGAGGGCCACUCACCCUGUGCACAGCUUUGUACCAACACCGAAGGCUCUUUUCAGUGUACCUGCCUCAAGGGCUACGUGAUUACUGGGGAGGACGGGACCCAGUGCCAGGACGUGAAUGAAUGUGAUGAGGAGGGCAACCCUUGUGAAAGCCUCUGCUUCAAUAUCCCAGGUUCCUUCCGCUGUGGCUGCCUGUCAGGAUGGAACUUAGCACCAAAUGGCGUCUCCUGCAUUGCCAACCAUACCACGUCAGUUCUUCCCGGUGACAGUCAUCAGGAGAAGGAUGAGAAGGAAAGAAAGGAACUAGUAGAGGAUAAGAAAGAGGAAAAGGAGAAAGAAAAAGAGAACAGUGAUUCUUCUCCCUCAGUUUUGGAUGCAACCAAGAGACCCGAGGUGGCCCGAGGAGCUAGCAUUCCCUACAAUGUGGCCCCUACGGUGGGGGGACUUUCCCAACAGAGUAAUCCUGCUAUCACUCAAAGCCCUCCCAGGCCUCCUACAUUCAGCAGGAAACCAAAAAUCCAGGUGAUCUCCAGCACUGUCUACCCCACAGAGAUCACCACUGCUGGAGGAUCGCACAAAGGGGAAUCCUUGGCAAAUGGGAGUGAUGGUGACACUGAUGGCCAGAAAUUCCUCCUAUUUUAUAUCUUGGGAGCAGUAGCAGCCAUCUUGCUUCUUCUGGCUAUAGCCCUGGGAUUAGUGUUCUAUCGCAAGAAGAAAGCAAAAAAGGCAAUAAAGAAGAAGUCCCCUAAGAAUGCAGCUGACAGCUAUUCCUGGGUCCCUGAGCAGGUUGAGACCAGGGCAAUAGAAAAUGAGUACAGGUAAAGCCUGGCAACUUAUAGGGAGAAGGAGAAAGCAAGGGGUUUCAGCAAGGGGGAGGUGGGAGGGAAAUGUUCUUGUUAGGAAGCUGUGAACCCCAACAGAGAUCAAACUGAAGGCAGGAGACAAAGCCACCACCAUCAAUGAACAGACUGUCAGAACAGUAAAUUAAACUGCUACAGACACAUGGGCAUUAUGGGUAUUUUGAUAUGUGUGUAUACUUGUAAAGAAUAUAUGAAUGUACAUACAUAGCUCUUUGAAUAUGUUCACACACAUAAGA